GCAUGGUCUGAAGUCUGAGCGGCUUGGACGAUCGAGACCCAAGCUCCUCCCGACCAAGCUAAUAUACGCUACUUGCCUCGGUUUACACUUACCUAAUGGGACUCACCAAGUGACCAGAGCACCCGCUACUGUCGGGCCCGACAGAUGACUUUCUACAAAUCCCGCUGGUGCCUAACUGCGAGGCACACAGAUCCAAGACGGUGACCGUGUCUCCUGCUUCCACCAGCUCGGAACAGGAGCAAACCAGGCUGGCGGAUAUAGGAGCAGAGAUCAGGCUGGAGGCUGCUAUGGUCACAAAAAUCAGACCUGCAGUCCCUGGGAAGCACCCUCAUGACAUCCCUCACCUCGGCGGUAACAGCGUUGCAGUCAGAUGUGGACACACAAGGUGGCCGCACAUGGGCACUUAAAUCCCAGGCCCAGAUCACACAGCAACAGGCAUCUGCAGCAGACACAGCCAUAGCGCGGCAAGGCUGCAUGCUAUUAGCCCUGCGCCACCUAGUUGAGGACCUCGACAACAGGAGCAGUCACUCCAAAAUCCGGAUAAAAGGACUGUUACCAGCGGCAAAUCGUGAGUACCACAUGGGCCUCGACUCCCUAUGGAUAGCGGUACGACUGCCGACUUUGGUGGGCAUAUGGUCUGCUUUCCUUGCUUAUUGGGAGGGAUAGAGGGAAUGAGCACCAACCUGCAGUCCCCUGGGAGCAUGCUAUUGGGCAGUAUCCCCACUACUUAAGCAGGUUACGGAACCAGCCUACCUCAGGGACCAUGGCUCACCUUGAUUUGGGAGGGAAUACCCUAUCUGUGUUUAUUGGGGGGGGGAGGGAGAGGAGUGGGUUACGCCAUCUUGGUGGGGAUUCUCUGUUCUUGAGGGGACCGUUGAUUCGGCCGCAAUUCUGAGUCGGACACUUGCAUACCGUCCUCCAGGAGGUUGAGACUGGCCUUGACCUGAAGCCAUCAAAGCCUGGGCUAGCUCAGAGGGGGCGAUAUCAUGCAGGUGUACACGGGAAUGAAGGGAUGUUUCUGCUUCUGCUGAUACAGGGGAGGAGGGGGAUUUUUAUGGCAGUUGUUGAGCUGGGGAGGUUAGGAAGGGGUGGGAGGGAUACCCUCGGUUGGGGUUAGGUAAUGGGUGAUGAGGUUGGAGAGGACUAUCCUGCUUCGAAUAUACUCCCACUAUUCAUGAACCGGGAUAGGGAGGGAAGGGAUAAAGGAAGGGCACACACACUAUUUAGAAAACUGACUGGGGAAGAAGAAAAAUUAUGAUGUUAAGUUCCUUUACUUUACAGAGUUCAAGUUGGGGGGAUGGAGGGGGGAAUGUUAUACUGUAUGUCCUGAUUUUACGCUAUGUAUGGGAUUCUCACUUCUACUGUGCCUGUGAUCCAGGUUGCCAGUGGUUAGAUGUUUUCAUCCCAGGAAUGUUAGGAUACCGAAUGUUCUUAGCCAUAUGUUACACCUGGACGCAAUGCUCUGGACCCGCCCCCGGUCAGCUUCCAAUCGCACAGCCAGAGAGAGAAUUUAUGAAAACGGCUGGUAAUGCUGGGCACGAUCCUUGCCGGUCCUUAAUUAAAGCCUACUCUACCUGCUGCCCCUAGCCCGACGCUGACCUGGGUAACUGCUCCUGAUAACUCGCACUGCCCUAGACAGAGAUGCAUAAUAAUACACGCUCUCCAUAUGGGAGUGAUCGUUGAGACCUAGCAAAGGUCACUGAAGGGACACUGAUCCUGGGCGGUGAUUUCAAUGUGCCCCUACAUCCUCUUGUAGACUCAUCCACAGGUCAUAGCAGCAUCACACAAGGAAAUCCUCUGGAAACUCAGACGGGUGGAUUGCUGGAAAGCUAUGCACCCCGGAGAUAAAGAAUAUACUCACUACUCUGUGGUCCACAGACGCUGCUCAAGAAUCAACUAUAUAUUCCUACAACAAGACCAGCGGGUGUCAGUCCAAAAAGCAUAAAUAGGGGCUGCCCUUUGGUCAGACCACAGCCCAGUAACCCUGGAGUUGGACACCCCGAGGAUGCGUCCAGCCUAUUAGGCAUGGCGCCUCCAAGAUUCCCUACUACUGGAUCUGGAAGUCAGGGAACAGGUUUCUGAAGAACUUACUUCCUACUUUGAGUUGAACACGCCGGGCGAACUUACAGCGGCCACUAUCUGGGAAGCUCACAAUAUCGUUGUUAGGGGUAAAAUAUGUUACUAAAACAUGUUACUAUGGUAGAUGAGCCCUUUGUAUUGAACACCAAAAUUGCUUCAUUACGCUAAAGUUGUUUAAGCGCUUUGAGUAUCUAUUUGAGGAGGGAGACAUGGAAUGUACAGAAGAGCCACCUGUCCGCAGACAAUUAAAGGAACACUAAAGGGUCAGGAACACAAACAUGUAUUCCUGACCCUAUAGUGGUAAAAAACACAUUUAGGUGUCUUGCCCACUCCUUAGAAGGGGUUAAAAAAGACCUUAUUUCCAAUGCCGCAUAGGUACGCCAGGACCUGCCCCGCCCCUGAUCUGCCUCUUUGGUGACAUCAUCACAAUUAAUGAUUUUUAGCCAAUCCAAUGCUUUUCCAUGGGGAAAGUUUAGGAUUGGCUGAAAUCGGCAAGGAGGUGGGAUGGGGGCAGCGCCAAACACCAUUUUGGCCAAUCAGCACCUCCUCACACAAAUGCAUCUCUAUAAUGUAAAUGUAAACACUGCCUUUUCUCUGAAAAACAUUAAGCUGUAGUUGUUUUGAUGACUAUAGUGUCCCUUUGAGCCGCCAUGUAGAAUGUUACCGAAUAACCACAUUUGCUUGCAUGGCACAUUCGUUGACCCACACUGUGCAUAAGCAACUUAGCCAAGUCAAAGUGACUAUUUAGUCAAUAUUCUGUUAUCUCGGAGACAAAAUUAAAAAAAAUACAUGGUGGAAAACCCCAAACCUCAAUUCAUCAAUACCCCACCAGAAACACUUGAUUUUAUUUUGCCUUACCUGUGUCACUUAGCUUUCCCCAGGUAACUGUACUCAGAUAAGAGUUCAAAGCUGCCGUGGGUCCUUGUCCUGUAACUGCAUCAGACACCAGGAUUGUAUUAUUCAAAUCCAAAUGUAGAACUAAUUUCCGUUGUUUUGGCUGGAGGACCUGGUAGAUUGGCUGUGAAUCAUUGCCACUAUCCUCUUUUUCACAGUUUUGUGACAUGUAACAAUUCAUGCUACUCAUGUUUCAAAUUUGCCCUUUUUCUCCUGAAUAUUUUUACUGGUAAGGCCUCAAUCAGUUUGUGAAAAUUCGAUACUGGGCUUGAUUUUACUAUCUAACAGUGGUAAAAUGGCUUUAUGGAUAUUUUGGAGUAUCCUUUGCUCACAAAAACAAAACAGAAGAAACUAAAACCACUAAUUAGGGAAGUAUGCACGUAAGUAGAAGUCUCUGACUUCAGUAAACUUUCUGUUUACAGGAAACGUAUUGUCUUCUAUAGAACUGGAACAAAUUGAUUAAAUGUUCUGCUUCACAAGGUCGCAAACAAUAAAUUUUGCAAAGCAACAAUCUUUCACGCGUAAACCUGUCACCUGUAUAAAACCUUUGUUCUUGCAUUUAUUUUCAUUUUUUACUUUGAAAAAAUUCUACAAACUCUAUAAAACUACAAAAAUAGUCAACAAAUAACAAAUGCCUUACAUAACGCCAUGACCCUUUCUAUUUAAUUUAAUUUAUAAAAACACUCUAGAAAAAUAUUAAAUCCUUUUUUAAUUUAGCUACAGAUAUGAUAAUGAAAAAAUAAAUAAAUUCCUAACUAAAUAUCUGGGGUGUUUUUUAAGUAGCAGCUUUAAGAUAUAACAGAAAGUUUAGGAAUUUGAAAUCCUUUCUAAACUCAAAUCUUGCAUCCUAGGGGUAAUCCAACUGAACUCAUUAAUAUUGCGAUUGAGUUGGCUGAGAGCCACUGGUGCUAUGGAUACACUAUGUUUGCGUUGCGAACUGUAUGUUUCAUACGGCACCGAUGAUUAUCUUUCUAAGCCUUCAAAACGUUGACUUAGAGAAGCCUCAUACCCACAGAAUCACUGGGCUGCAAAUUAACCUGUUCCAAAGGCAAGAAAAAAAAUUGUCAGAAUUCAGCCCCGAGGACCAAUGGAGAAAACAAAGAAUUAAAUGUCAUCUGUUUGUUUGCAUCUGGAAGAGAAAAGAAAUGCUUCAUUUUAAGGUCAGCCCAUGAAUAAUUAUGUUAUAUACAUAUUAAAAGAAAAUUAGCUUUCAGUGAAAGUGGGUGUAAGCCACCCUUCUAAGCCUGGGUGCCUAUCUGGCAAUAGGAUCUUGUUGGCAACAAUGUAUUUGUUUACUUACCAGGCGGUUUUCAAUAAUGCACCCAUUAAGUAAACAGUCCGGUUUGUCAAGGUGAGUAGAGGUGACUUGUAUUACUGUAUUGUUCUUUGUUUAAUAAAAGAAAGGGAAAAAAAACAUAUACACAGUCAACAAGGUCCAGGUUUGAAAUAUGUUUGAAUUGUUAAAAAUCAAUGUAACUGCCAGCUAGGAUUUUUAAACUAUUAUUAUUAAGUGGCAACAAAGACAAGUGACCAACAAAUCUGCAAAUAGCAAGGACAUAGUCGCCACAUGUAAGCUCUAAACUAGACAUACAUAUAAGAGCAAUAAGCCAAAAAAACAAUAGCAAUACCUUACAUUGCUACCAUCGACGACAUUGUAACUAUUUAAAUGUAAAGGGUGCCCAUUGCAUUGGUUUGCAUCAUGUUGGGCACAUCCCAGGCAAUCAAAAGGUUCACUGUUGAAUCAAUAAAUAUCAAUUCUUUUGGCAUAUAAAACCCAAUUGGUCCAUGUAGUCUGCCUAUUUCCUGUAUCAAAGUGCAGACUUACUUCUUGAUUACUUAGACGCCCAACACAAAACAUUACAUACAUUAACCUUUUUUUUUUGUGUCUGGUGGAGCGAACAAUAUUGUACCACACUCCGGCAAUUAAAGGGUUAAUUGUGCUGGCCAUAUACGUACCUGGGAACGUUUUAAAAUGAGUUGUCCUUCACAGUAUGAACUCAGGACAUAGAUUCCAAAUCAAAGAGAUCCACAUGUUUUAACUAUUUUAUUUCUAAAUCUAACUUAGGGAAGACAUUAAUUAGUGCCACCUGGGAGACACGUAAUAUCAAAUAAAAACUGAAUUCAGUGUACUCCCAAACUAUAUGAUGAUGCCGAGCAUCUGCCUGCAUACCUUAUUAUUUAAAAAUUAACCCCUGUGACUCAGGGAAAUAGCUUAGUAGUUCCCAGGUCUAGGAAUAUUGUCUGAAAUUAUUAUGAUUAUUUUUUUCUAAAGGUAUAAUUUUCUUGUGGUACCCACUACGCUCCUAUACUAAAGAUAAAUAAUAUUGCGUUUUUUCCUGUAUGGUCUCAUGUGAUUUUAAAGUAGAUGUAUUUAUUUACAGGAACUCAGAAAAAAACCAAAUGUCCCGUAUUCAAAAAGACUAGGGUGUUUGAAUAUAUAUAUUAACUGUUCUCUGCCCUGUGACAGUGAAUACAAUCAAGGAUUCCUGAGAUUAUAUCUAUCCCUACGGCUAUGUACAUAACAGGCAGAGUAAAAUAAUGACACCUUGCAGCUGUCACCUCCUGCCCCUUCCCCCUCGAUGCCUGCCUAGUAAUGGUGCAGUCUGUGUCAAUGCUUUAAGUUGCAUGUGCAAGCUUCUCAUUUCCUGUCUGUCUGCAUCCCUGUGUUCAAAGGAAAUGAUGUCACAUGCUUUUCCCUUUUUUUUUCCUUGUCAACAAGCUUUAUUGAUAUUUGCAAAUAAUUUUCACUUUUAUUAUCCAAUAAACAGGGCGAACUAGGCGUUACCUUUUAAAGGGACACUGUAGGCACCGUGUCUGAUUCAUCUCAUUAAACUGGUUACAGUGUCUGGAUUCCCCUAGUACCGUCAUUCAUUCAUAUUAACCCCUUAACGCCGUUACGGCGUUCUAUGCCGUCGCGGCUUUAAAGGGCUUUAAAGCCGUUGCGGCGGCAUAGAACGCUGUAACGGCUUAAGCCCAGGGGAGGUAAUAUUUACUUACCUCCGCCGCGAUCCUCUUCUGGAGGGCUGCCUGACAGCCCAGGCAGCCCUCCCCCAGCGAAUGAGGCCCCCGGGGGCCAUGUGAUCGCUCUUAAAGAGCGAUCACAUGGCCCCGUAUAGCUGGCUGUGGAUCUGCCAGCAGGGGGACUGUCUGAAAUGUCAGACAGUCCCCCUGCUGGUAGGUAGUGUAAAAAAAAAAUUAAUAUACAUAUUAUAUAUAUGCAACGUCAUACAAAGUGUAUUUUAAUACUAAUAUUAGUAUAUAUAUUAAUAUUAAAAUACACUUAGAAUGACGUUACAUAUAUAUAAUAUGUAUAUACAUUAUAUAUAUAAUAGAUACAUACACAUAUAUUAUAUAUAUAUAUAUACGUAUAAUUACAAUAAUAAAUACAAUAAUAAAAUAAAUGAAUAAAAUAUUGAAACAAAAUUUUAUAUAAAUUAUAUAUUCAUAUGUAAUUUCAUUCUAACUGUAUUUUGUUAUUAAUAUAUAUAUAUUGGUAACAAAAUACACUUAGAAUGACAUUCUCUAUAUAUCUAUCUAUAUAUAAAAUACAAAUAACCGCAAAUAUAUAUAUAUAUAUAUAUAUAUGUAGAUAAAUACAUAUAAUUACAUAAAAGGUUACAUUAGUAUACACGUAGAAUUUGAAUACCUAUAAAUGCAUAUAUAUUAAAAUUCUAUGUGUAUAUUUAAGUAAUCUUUUAACAUAAUUAUGUGAUUUGAGUAAAUAAAAUGUGAUUGAAAUGCCUGACAACACAGGGAGAAAGUGCAGAGAAUUUAAUUCGCAAGCACUAUAUUUGACCCUGUAACUCUCCAAGACACCAUAAAACCUGUACAUAGGAGGUACUGUUUUAUUCGGGAGACUUUGCUGAACUCAAAUAUUAGUGUUUCAAACUGGUAAAUUGUAUUACAACCAUGAUAUUUUAAGUAAAAGUUACGUUUUUUGCAUUUUUUACAAACAAACGGCACUUUUAUGGACUAUAUUAUUGUUGUAAUAUGUUUUACUGUUUUACUAAUAUUUGUGUUUAGUGAAGUCUCCCGAGAAUAACAGUACCCCCCCAUGUACAGGUUUUAUGGUGUUUUGGAAAGUUAGAGAUAUAAGGCUUGCAUUUAAUUUUUUUGACAUUGAAAUUUGCCAGAUUGGUUUGUUGCCUUUGAGAAGAAUGGUAGCCCAGGAAUGAGAAUUACCCCCAUGAUGACAUACCAUUUGCAAAAACCCAAGUGGUCCAGUUUUUAGUAGCCACUUAGUCACAAACACUGGCCAUAUAUUAGAUUUUUGCUUUUUUCACACAAAAAUAAAUAUGAAUGCUAACUUUGGCCAGUGUUUGUGACUAAGUGGCUACUAAAAAAGACUAAACAUACCCCACUUUCAAUACCUUGGCUUGUCUACUUUUUCAAAUGGUAUGCCAUUAUGGGGGUAAUUCUCAUUCCUGGGCUACCACACCGUCUCAGAGGUAACAUUACUAAUCUGGCAAAUUUCAAUUUGAAAAUGGAACGUUCUAUAUUUGACCCUGUAACUUUCCAAAACACAAUAAAACCUGUUAAUGGGGGGUACUGUUGUACUCGUGAGACAUCGCUGAUUACAAAUAUGUGCAUUUUUUGCAGUAAAACUGAACAGUAUUAUGACAUUUACAGCUAAAAUGUGAGGCGGAACUAUAAAUUUUAAAACAUUUUUAAAAGUUCUCACAGUUUUUUUAAUUUUAUUCAUAAUAAAUUAUGUUUCAUAUCUAAAUAUUUGAUAUGAAAUUAAAGCCCUGUUUCUCCUGAACAAAAUGAUAUAUAAUAAGUGUAGGUGCAUUUAAUAUGAAAAAGGUGAAUAACGGUUGAACAGACAUAUAGCGCAAAUUCCAGUUUUUGUUUACGCUUUGUUUUGAUCAGAACGUGCACUAUUGACUCCGUCCUGAAGGGGUUAAACAGUUUUUAAUGUUUUUAUCUUUUAAUGCUAAAUGAGAGACCCUAGCAGCCCAUCCCUUCUGUGUUGCUUUGGCUAAUGAGGAAGUAUUAGCCUGAGCAGCAAUGGGCAGCUGUGAUUGGUUGAGAGUAUCAGCUGACUGCUCUUGGCCUAUCAGAGCUCCAUCUGACGGUAUAUAUGGGUAUGACUACAAGGAAGUGUGUAAAGGACUGUGGGUGGCCAGUAACCCUUGUUUAGUGUUUAACUGCUCUAAAAUGGUUUAACACUAUGUGGAGGGAAUGUGCCAGGGGACAACAAACACUAUAACCAAUUUAAAGAAAUGUUAGAGUUAGAGUUACAGUAUCCCUUUAACUCCAACAGCUGUAUAAUUUACGUGCUCACAGGGAAAAUCAGUCUCUCUAAGACUACUUGUAACUUCAAGGCCCCCCUUGUGGUUGCCAAGCUGACAGUCCAUCUGCCAAAUCAGGGUAUGAGUGAAUAAGUGCUGGCAAUCCUAAGAAAAAUAUAACUACUACUCUUUCAAAUAGUGCAAAAUCGUCAUUGGUAACGCCAAUAGAUUUAUAUUAACACUAAUUUAACAUACAGUAGUUUGGCGCUUUUAGCAUCUGCACACCAGAGAUCUACCUGUUUUGUGAGCAAGGCACUGUAUCUCCAAGACAGAAAUGUUUGGGAUAAUUACUUUGGCUACUAGGGCUCCAGUUGGAUUAAAUGUGGACUGGGACAUUUCUUUCCUAUACCAAUAUUAUGGUUGUUGUUGUUGGUGGUGGUUUUUUGCUAUGUUUUUUUUUUUUUUUUCAUUAUGAUGGUUGCUAUUUUUAAUAUCUAAAACCUAUAUGUUUAGUUGAUAUGUUAAACUGUUUGGAUUCCCUUUAAGAGAUCUGAAUAUGAGGGGAAAACUGUCAGUUAAUAAACAUUGUGCAGCUGAAACUGAAUCUAAACUUUGCCAUGACAAUAUGUUGCAAUUUCAUAGAUUAUUGUAUUAUUAUUAUUUAUAUAGCGCCAGCAAAUUCCGUAGUGCUGUACGAUGGGUUAUUUAUUUCAUAAUAUAGUGGCAUGUAGAAAGAAUUAAUUUCUCAAUAGCUCAUACAGAGUGCUGGAACUAUGUUGUAAACUUAAAGGGACAUUAUAGGCACCAUACCAUUUUAUCUCAAUGAAACUGCUAUGUUUACAUUGAGGAGUUAAGACUGCCUCUAGUGGUUGUCUCUCACACUUGAGGUCAUCCAGUGUCUUCAAAAUCCCAAUUGGAAACAUUGAUUUAAUGUGUUCCUAUAGGGAAGGCCUAACACACUUUGCGCACAUGUGCAUUUUCUUUUCCCCAUUGACGAAGUCAGAGGAGGCAAAGAGGGAGCUAGACCUGACCUCCGCACUGGAAGGAGGUAAUUCUAAAAGUUUUUUUUCAAACCUUUCCACCCCCGGGGGUCUGGACAAUUGUCUUAAGGCUGAGGGAUACUAUAGCAUUAGGAAUACACUUUUGUAUUCCUAAAGUUAGAGUGUUUCUUUAAUAGACUGUAGGUAUUUAGAAUUGAUUUUCUAUGUAUGUUAGUAGUGGUAAGGUUGUUUUUUGUUUUUAUUUCUUUAUUUACUAAUUCAUUUAAGAUUUGAGUUUUUGUGAAUAGUAUUCUGUAUUUGUCAGUUUAGGUGAUGCUCUCCCUUUGCUUGGAGAGCGAUAUUCUAAAUUCCAAAGUCUUUAGGGUGUGGGUUUAGGUUCCAGGUCUUGCUUCAAGCCUUUCUGCAUGGCUGGCUAGUGAAUGAAUUAAGAUAUGUGCACCAAUAAUAUCGCUAUAUAGUGGGGAGGGCAGCAUAUCUGUUCUGUGCCUUACACACAAAACGCAUAGAUCUCCAUCAUGUUCUAGGAGCCCAGAAUUGAUGUGUGUCAGAUCAAUGUUUUGAGUUACUAAUAAAGAUUUGGCACUUUUUGGAUGAGCAGCAGCAGUUUUCCUUGAGAUUGCCUGAAUUAUUUCCAUUAGGCAAUAGUGAAAAUUGUUGAGGAUGGAUCCCCCUAGAUUAUUUUUGUAGUUGGGAUGAGAGGGUACAGAUUCCCAUUUCCUGGUCCGGAUGGUAUGUCAAUGAAAUAAAAUGUGUUUGAUUGUUUUUUCACUUCAACACAGCUCACUGCAAUCCUCCCACCUGUCCUGGAUACAGCUGGAUCCUCCCGCCUGUCCUGAAUACAUCCUGAACAAUGCCUUGUUGGACUCUGAAGUAGUAAAAAUGCCUUCUCACACUUUAGCAUCCAAAAACAAACAAACCUGGGAUUGGUGGAUACUCAGAGAAUGCUACCUGCCUGACUGCAUAGCGCCAACUGGAAAUCUUGGUGGAAGAGGUAAAUUAUCUCUAGAUGGUUCUUGUGAUUCAAGCAAAGCCACUCAGUUUCUGUAAUGGAGCAUCGUGUAGCUACUGAAUCCAACUAUGUAGCAACAAUAAUGGGAAAAUCAUUACACUUUUGAGCAUAAACAAGGUCCAUAAAGAAAUAGUUUGCACCAUUGGUUUGGAAGAACUUGGUUGACUUGCACAGAGCCUUGACUUCAACUCCAUCAAACACUUUUGGGAUGAAUUUGAACAUCAACUAUGAAUAAGGCUUAGUGACCUAACAUUGAUGGCUGGCCUCAUUAAUUAUUUUAUGACUGAAUGAACAGAAUACCUACAGACAAUCUUCUACAACUAAUGCAAAAUAUUCUACGAAGAGUAGCAGCUUUUCUGUCUAAAUGGGAAACCCACAUCCAUCGUAACACCUAUAAUUUUGUUAAGAGGUUUUUGACAAGCAGGCAUUACAAACUUUGGCUAUCUAUUGUAUUUGUCAUGGCUUCCCUCCCCAACUUACAAGUAUAGGUCAGGAAUAAAUAAACAGAAAGGACAUAUUACUGGACCUUAAAAUGGCCUGGAUGAAUGUAAAAAUCAGAGAAUGCAUAAACGUAAAACAAGCCAAGAUCAAGGUACCAGAAAUAUGGAAAUACAAUAUAACUAGCCAAGUCAGGAUUAUGGAAGUCAGAAGAGCGAGCAUUGGUUUCCUUAUCGGCACAUUCGGGAAGUCUGACUGCAAGCGCCGAUCGGGAUGGCUGAAGGAAACCAGGAGGCGGUACUUCCAAACGAUGCGCGCAAUGUAUUUAGUAAGUCCGGAGCAGCAUGUCGCUAGGGUUAGUGCCGUGACUAUUGAAUAGCUGAAUUGAAAAAUGGCUUACUAAGAUCAUUUUUCUAAUUUGGCUACUGUGGCUUAAAAUGUAAAAGCCGUGUUGAAUUUUCAAAAGUGCAUACAUCUUUUGACAGUGGUAUUGCAGUUGAGCUUGUGGUAUACUCUUACAUGUUUUACAUUAGUGCGGGUUUCAUUGGUUCUAUUGCUGUUGAGCUUUGUAUUGCACAAAGCACAAUCUGACCUUCCAAACAAGAACAAAACAAGUUAUAAUGAUUAGACGUCCCUUCUUACUAGACAACGCGAUAAAACAUGGAUUUCGCAUCAUGCAAAAGAAUAUGGUCUGAAAUCAGAAAUUGGAAAUAUGUGGGUCAGAUAUACAUACUUUCCCACAGACCCCAAACCAGUGGGACACUCCUGCAUUUUAGCAUUUUUUAUAUCUUAGGGUACUAAAGGUAGUCUUCAAUAAUAAUAAUAAUCAUUGCAUGAGAGCAUCGUCAGACUCUUAGGGAUCAGGAACCAGACAAAGACAUAACAUAGAUGCAAAACACUUUUUUUUUUAAAUUGCAAAAAAUUAAAUAAGCCAAAAGCAAAGUCUAGGAGGCAAGCAGGGGUCAGGCACCAAAGCGGGUAGUCAGACGAGCCAGAAUCAGGAGAAUGGAGAGCAGCGGAGUCAGGAACCAGGCCAGAAGUCAGGAACCAGGAACACACAGGAAACAGAAAGUCUUCUGGGAAACAGGAAAACACACAAGGGCAUGGAGGUACUGGAACUUGCUGCUUAAAUAGGCUGCACUGAUUAGCAACAGGGCUGGCUACUAACAACCAGGUGAGUAACUGUGGAAACAGUAAUGGAGGACCUGUUCGUUAAAAGCAGCUGAAUAGCUCAGUCACCAAGAAAAGAAGGGUUGCUGUUUAGAACAGCAGAGAAACCCUGACACAGACAUACUCACGUUGUGCAAAUUAAAGCAGACACUUUCAGCCCAUACAAUAGUGGUUCAACAGCGUUCUGCGCCUGAGCAGCCUUGGGUUGGGCUUGAGAGUGCACCUACCAGUCAGUUUGAGGGAUUGACAUGCCACUUUUCAGGUGGCCCACCAUGCUGCAUCACCAGUGAAGUGAAGCAUAUCUGGCACACCCCUACUGUCUUACUCCACCCCAUGUACAUACCUCGUAAUGUUCAGAGGUAUGACUACAACUGCCAUGCAUAUAAUAAUAAAAACAAAGUAUUUAACCAGGAAAAGUACACUCAGAUAUUCUCUGGAUGUUACUAUAUUACUAGGUGCAUAGAACAAGGUGCAAGAGAGAACUAAGAAUGGACAACAGCUCAAAUAGCCUGCGCUUCGGUGGGUCUGUCUGCACGAGAGAUACAGCAACCUCAGACUAUUGUUUCAACCUUGUUAGGCAUCGUCAGUUAGGUAUAGCUGAUAUCCCUCUAGGCACCGUGAGCAAGGGGUCCACAUCUGGAUUACCCUUUAAAGGGGGAGCAAAAAAUCAAGGUACAAGAGAGUACUGAGAAUGGACAACAGCUCAAAUAGCCUGCCUUUUGGUGGGUCCCCGCUCAUAGCUCAAGCUGGUUUUAGCUCAUCUUGUGCCAUUACAAAAAGAACCAGGCCAUUUGCAUAUCAGAACAAACCCACCCAAAAGGGCGGAACAGAUCCAAAAUGCAGGCCGUCUCUCUCUCUGCACGAGAGAUACAGCAACCCCAGACGAUCAUUAUAUUUUUAGAGAUCACCCCCCUCCACCCACAAAAAUUUUUUUUUAAAAAAUAUCACACAGCUUCUUGUUAGUAAAUGAACCAAUUUGUAAUGUUGUUGUUUAUUUUAAAAUGCUAAUACUAAAAGAGUUAACCUGCCUGACUCGAAGUGGAAGGUCCUCCUUUUGACUUCCUAUUCCCUAAUUUAGUUAAACUAAUUUAAAUAUACCUUCCUGGUUUCAAGUUCACAACUUUUAUUGAGGGAUUUUUUUUAAAAUUGUAGUACCAGUAACUAUCUUUAUUUUAUUGCUAUGACGUUAAACAUUCUCUCUGUGUUUUACAACCUGGACAAGCUGUUUUACUAGCAGAGAGAUGUGUUCACCUGUGCACGAUUUGCCAAGUCUUAGAGACCAGCGGGCUUUGUGAAAGGGAACGCCUCUGUUUGCAGAGUUUUGUUUUCUAUUUGCUUAUAAGUUACAUGAUUAAAUCUGAUAUCAUCAGACCUUUCCAUUUAGACUAACCAGAGAAAAUCUAUUUCCUCCUGGAGGGUAAUGUGUCUGCCAGCCCUAAGCACAGGUAUUGUGCUAGAAGUAGGAUAAUACACAAAAAGGACCAUUUGACUCAGUCUCUAUCCCAAGGGACUUGCAUAAACAGACGUGCUGUAAUUUAACUGGACUUAAAGGGAACACAGAGGAGCAGUGCUCCCAGAAGGGAGGAUGUAAGAAGCUAGGCAUCGAAGACAACAGCGAUCUUGCAAGGUACAGCAAUUUAAAGAAUCGUUUUGUGUAGUCCUUGUUGUAUGGUCUUGUAGCCUUUGUCCCAGCAUGCCUUAAAGGUUCUGCAUAUAUACAAGGUAACGCUGGCAGGGUUAUCCACUAAAGAAAUGAAUUGUGGGAAAUUCAAAGUGAAUUUUAAAUUUUGGACCAGUAUAUAGAUGAGCUGGAAAUAUCCUCAAAUUCAGUUAAAUUUUGGUUGGUCAAAAAAAAUGUGAAAUUUAAUUUGAACGCCUGACAAGCAACUCUUUUGUGAAUGACAUUCAGAAUUGUAGCAAGUUAAAAUAAGUGAUAUUUGUAUUUUGUUUUCGCUAUACGUCUUUUCGCUACAUGUCUUUGUUAUAAAGUGUUGGGUUUAGGGAAGAUCCUACUUAAAGUGGUAGUGGUUAAAAUUUUAUAUUUAUUAUUAGUGCCUUUUUUUUUUUUUUUACUCAGGGCUAUUCCCUUUUUGUAUUGCAAAUACAAUACAAUCACAAUUAAAAUAAAAUCACAAUAUUGAAGUUGCUUUAAAUAUUUAAGCUUUGACUGUAGCUGAGUUGGAGAAAUUUUCCUAAAGUUAUAUAUUCGGAUUUCAAUUUGCUACAAUUCUAUAUUUGGCAAAUAAACCUGACUGUAUAUCCCGAAGCUGAAACAUUUGGGUUUUCUACAGACUGGUUGCACUAGUCCUUUAAUUACAAACAUUUAUAGAAAUUGACCAUUGAAACACAGCAAUGGUUUAAAUGCAGCCCUUUAAUAUAUAUUGUCCAUAAAGCUUUUCCCCAAUCAGAGCUGAACAAUUGUGGACCAUAUACGCUGGUUUAGCUAUUAUUCCAGAGUGCCAACAUAUUCCUUGGCGAUGUACAGUGGCCAGUUUAUAAAUCUGAUAUAGAAGAGGAGAUGAAGGCCCUGCUCAAACAAGCUUACAGCUAAAAACUAUUAAUAUUAAAAUAUGUGGAUUAAUCUGAAUUUAAGUGUAAGCUAUUAUUUGGGAAGUAGGAGUCACUUACAUGUUUCUGUAAAAGGGAUCUCAAAUAGUUAAAUAUGUACAUGAAAUGACCUGUUCCUUCUGUGUGUGUCUGUUUUUUUUUUUUUUAAAUCCUUCUAGAUCCCUUAUCAAUCGAACAAUCUGAGCAGUCUGUAACCAUACCAUAUAAUUAAACAUCCCUAAUACCAGCAUGGGGAGGGUGUAAUUAUGUAGCUCAACCUGGCAUUAAAGACAAGGCAGUGAAUUCCUGAAUAGUGUAGUACUAUAGCAAUAGAGCAGCCAGAUUCCAUUAAUCCAAUCUAAAUACUAAUGCUCCGUUUACCUCUUCUGGAACUCAUUAUUGGGAUUAAACCUCAAACCUUUUAGAAGCCAAACACCCUGGUUAUUUUGCUAGCUUUGAAAAGCGCAUCUACUGCAGGAAAGUGUUUAACACCUUCAGGGCCGAGGUUAGGUACAUUGCGUAUUAUCAUGGCAACCAUGACAUGAUAUUCCUACUAAAGGGGUUAAACCCAAUAGGUUUUAUGAUGGAAGUCUCAUUGUCCUGAAAGAGUUAAACCCACUACUUUGUAUGUCUCUCUUUAUGUAAAUCUGCAUUCUAAGCAAAUUGUUAUUUUUGUUCCUGUACUUCUCUCUGAAAACCCUCUGUGUCCCAUUCUCUCCUGAACACAAUGACAAGCUGUUGCAUCCUUAGAAUGGAAUGCAAAGGCUGUUUUAACCCCUUUAAGGACCAAUGACAUAAUAAUUCUGUUUUAACAAACCAGCCUUUGAAGAUCAAAAUGCAAUGUCUCACUCAUUUUAUUGCUGCAAAUAAAACCAUUAGAGAGAUCACCCAUCCCUUUAAUUCUAUAAAUCUGUCCAAAUAAUCCGGAUAUUCCACGUUAGCAUAGGAUCUAUAGGGACUAGGUUAUGAUGACUGCAGGAAAUAUCACUAAUCCCUAAGGAAUUGACAGACAAGUGCCUUUGUUUCUGUUAUGCCAUCAUACUGCAGUGCUGUAUGGUCUUUUAAUGUUUACAUAACUAGUGAAUUGGUGUGUGUAUAGAUAGGUUAUCAACAAUGUUACUGCUAUGAAAGGACAUCUAGAUUAUUAUUUUUUGUCCUUUUUUUCUUCUUUUUUUUUUAACCAUUUUUCCUAGACUGGUAUAAUGUCUUGCUGCUGGGAAAAUUGCUGUCCUAAUAUGUGCAAUUUUCAUAUGACAUUGACAAGGAAAUACAUUAAAUUGUUACAAAAUGUCCUAUAGAACUAUUCAUAAGUUAGUAGUGUAUAUGUAUAUGUCAUUAUUAUGUUAACUUAUUCUAUAUUACACAAAACAUUAAUACAUAUAUUAGAAAAGAAAUGAUUGAUUAAUUAAGUGCUCCAGGUAAACACCAUCGACUAUCAGGUGAGCCAUUCAUGCACCUACAGUGGGUUUGAAACUGUUCAAAAAACAUGGCUGGGUUGGCAGCACUGACUACAACUCCCAUCAGCUUAUGGUAGGAUUAUUGAAGGCGGUCAUGUGGUAGAACUCUGCUAUUGACAUGUUCUAUGGUAACCUACUGCUUGUUUGCUUUUAUUAAGUUUUAAUUAUACUGUUAACGUAUGCGCCAGUGCAUGUCACAGAACAGUAGGCAGCUGAAAUAUUCGAGAAUUUGACUUGUGGAAAGGGACAUGGUAUGUGUUGGUUGGGUUACUGUUUGCUCAUUUUAGGACUAGGUUUUCUGGUGAGUGGGUCUGCAUUGCAGUGACAACUUUAAUACACCUUACCUAUAUGUAUUACCUUUAAAGCAAACAUGCCAUGGUACACAUUUAAUUUAAAUGAAAGUUUAUAAAAUGUGACCUAUACAUUAUGCUAGCAGAAAUGCUAGCAAUGGUACAGAUUUUCAUAAAAAAACGUACUAAAGAUAAAGUCAUUGAGUCCCUCAGUCAUUCAUUUUCUGUAGUCCACAGUGACAUUUGUUUGGGCCCAACCCAGUCCUCCAGGCACACCAGCGGUCCAGGUUGUGUCAGUAGUCGCACUGGGAACAAAAAGAGGAAAUGUGUAUAUCCUGUAAUGACAGUUUUUUUUAUAAAGGAACACACCAAAAACCAUAACCAGUAUGGAUUGCUGUAGAGCUUAUAGUGCCCCCUCCUAUGUAACAAGUCAAACCAUAUAGUAAUGGUUUGACUUCUUACCUGUGGUCUGCCGGACACCACUUCCUGCCUCCUAUCAGCGAGAAGCUCUCCCCUCCGAGCUAAGUCUUGUGGUACUGGUCUUAGUUCAUUAGCUGAGAGUGAUCAACUGAUCCAGGCAGCCAAUUACCUACUGCAGGGCUUAAAGAUAAUGGAAGCUCCUAGCAGGAAGAGACAGGGAGUAGUGACCAGUGGAUUCGAGGUAAGAAGUCAAACCGUUGCAAAUGAUUUGUCUAUUUACAUUGUGGGGACACCAGGGCACUCCAGGCACCAUAACAACUACCAUGUGGUUCCUUUAAGCUUUUCCAGCUAAACGUGGGUUUCUGAUCAUCUAGCAUGUAAGCUCAUUGAGCAGGGACCUCAACCCCUCUGUUCCUGUGUGUCUACUUGUCUGUAUAAAAUUAUGUGUCGGUUAGUCAACCCAUUGUACAGCGCUACGGAAUUUGCUGGCGCUUUAUAAAUAAUAAAAUAAUAAUAAAUAAUAAUAAUUGUACUUCAACAGGCACAUACUAGGUCAAGGGUGGCCAAAAGGUGGAAACAGCAUUUUGUGAACGUAGAACUGCUGUGAUGUAAUUGCUUUGUCUUGAUGUGCCUUGCAGUGCCUCUGUACUACAAUAUACAUAUGACAUCUCUGCCCUACACAUGUACAUAUCUCAUGGGCAUUCUCCCCAUUCAUUAGCAUUUCUUACCAGAACGUGAAAUCUAUGGAAAUAUAAUAUAAAGUUGCUAUUUAUAAAUAAAGUUAUUAGUGAGAAUUCUUUUCUGCCAGAAUAUUUGUAGGACUAUUUUUUUUACUUUUCUCAAUUCUAUGAAUAAUUCCCUUUUUAAUGAAUUUUAGUUUGUCUGUUUAUGAAGUAAAUUAUUGGGAUUAAUCACUAAACUGCUAGUUGUAAAGAAGAGAUAGAAGUAUUGGGGGGUAAUUCUCCAUUGUAUUCAAAUUUUCAGGUAUUUUGGACACAAAUGUGCAACUCCAUUGUUAACUCCUUAUAUUUAAUAAUUUGGAAGGAAAAAAACAAAUAUCACACUGACAUUUUAUUGAGAACUAAAAGGGUAACUUGAAUUUAAAAAAAAAAAGUUUAUAUAUUUCAGAGAAUACGCUAUUAGUGGCUGCCCCUCCUGCCAGAGACAAAUGCAAGAGUUUGUUCGUCAUCAAAACCUUCAAAAUUAGAGUUUUCACUUUGAACAUCAUCACUCCAAAAGGGUAAACCUAGGAACUGAUGUGCAAGAACUCGAAUACAAUAGAUAAAAAAGGGUCAUCUUGACUCUCUUCCUUGCUCCCCUUUGUCGGGCCUCCCUAAGCACCUACACCUGGGUGUGGUUGUCGUGUGCGACUGUGGGUCUGGCUAAGUGUGAUUGUAUGUGAAGUUAUCUGAGAGAGGCAGACAUACUGCCUUCAACGUGUGAAGUCAUUGAGAAGUGCCAGGGCAUUGCAACAUAGCUCUUAAAGUGAUCUGUACCUGAUAGAGGUGCAGACCACCACACUCCCUCAACAAAAUAAGGGGCUCAGGCCCAAGCAGAGAGAACAUUUGAUCACCCUGUUGGCUCAAUAAGGGCCCCUCCAAAGCUAGAGUUGAAACUCCAGGCACUAUGUGGCUGCCUAACGGGUAAUUGACUGGAUUUAACUGGACUGUGAUGUAAUUUGCUAAAUCCUUAAUGUAUGUUUUAGCACAAAUUAUGGGCAAUUUUCAGUGAUUAUUCAAUGGUGUACUUUCCAGAGAAGUAAGAAUACCCAUUUUAAAGAGUUACUACAGUUAUCCACAAGUGCUAGGUUCGUAGUGUAAAUUCGGUUACAGUUGGUAACGCCGAAUGUUAUUGGUUUUUUUUAAUCUGCUUCCGUUUUGGUUUGAUUUUGCUAGUCCAUUGAAAGUAUUUUGCAAACAGUAUUUUAUGAUAUACAACAAGUAAAGAAAAGUAAAACGUCUGUAGACUGCACAGAUACGUAGAAGGCUGGAAGCAGGAGACAGUUGUGUCAGUUCUCCUAUUACCUAUCUGACGUUCUUUCAUUUUUGCUUGUGGAUAAAUGAACAAUCUACGAGGUUUUAAAGGCUUUUUUUACUGUCUCUUCUUUAUGACUUUAUACAAUCCUCUGGGUAUUUCAAAUUCCUUGAGAAAGUAGCAGCAUUACAGCUGGUGAAAUCAAGCCAAAGGUUCAAUGGACAUGUACUAUCUAAUACCUUUUUUAUUUGGUUUUUGGAGUUCCAGAAACUUAAAGCAACUCUGUUCUGGUGAAUAGAUUUUUUUUUUUUUGUACUGUACUGUUUAUUUUGAGCUCCUGAGCUUUGUGUGAAUGCCAGCUUAGUCUGUGAACUACAAUAUGAAAGGUUAAGGGCCUGUAGACAUAGUGCUACUGUUUGGGAAUGUUAGAACACAAGAGCAUUGUGUGUUGUGCCAAUGUUUCAAUUUACAGUCAUGAAUCUGGUCAAUAUCACUUACGUUUGUUCGUAUACUGGGUUCACUUGACGCACAUUACUGCUUUGGUAAUCAAUAGAACUAUAUUUGGCUAGGAUGUAGAUUGUGAGCUUCUUGUAACCUUUCAUGUUUUCUUUUUACUUGUUUCAUUCACUGUUCCGCAAAUAAAUCCUUUUUUUUUUUCAUUUUUAAUUUAAUUUGACAUUCUUUGUGCUUUUUUGUAGUGUUUUUGUAUUCGGUAGAACAUGAAAUGUCAAGAUAAGCUGAGCUUUUUAAAUUAUUAUAAAAGACAAGAUUCUUCAGGCAGGUAUAGGAUUAGCUUUAAGACAAGAUCAAGUAAACUGCAGAUUAUGCACAAGCAUGACUUGCAAACUGGAAUUAACGUUAAUUAACAGACGGCCUAAACCUGCAAUGAGCAGUGCAGGGCAGAGCUAAAGCAAGUAUUAUAACAACCUUAUAGAGGAUGAGAUAUAUGACGAGUAAAACCACUGGGUGGUAGAUUGCAUUUAAGGUAAAGUAUUAUAAAAAUGCAGCCCCUGAAACUAAACUCACUGCAUAGCACCGAUUAUAACGAAAUACAUAGCAAAAAUUCAAAGCAAAAUCACUAUAGAGACUGAAAUAUUGGAACAUAAAAGCACAAAAAUAUGUUAGCAGGUAUGAUGGUGUCAUCAGACUAUGACUGGUGGUUAGUCCAGGUAAGGAAGUCCAGAGUCAGUCAAUGCCCAGGCUUGGGAGUGUGUGGGGGCCGUUGAGAAACACUUUAAUACAGGAGCUAGUCAUGGCAUCCUUCCGGCCCCGGGCUGUAAUGAAGGUCGGCAUCACAAUGCCACGUACUCAGGUGCUCUGGCAUAAAACAAAGUUCAUCCCAGUUCAGGCAACGGCAGAAGUUCCUGGUGGUUCGUCGUCACCAGUGGCGGUGAUUCUUCAGCCUCUGUGGUUGAUGCAAUGGGAGUUCAUCCCAGUUGACCUUCAGCCCAGGCGGGCCUAAGUUGGGAGAUACUGGUGCUUGUGGAGGAUUAUCAGCAGCUUGUAUUUGGUAUUUGGAGUUAUGUGGAGUAAGCCUGGGGGAAACUGGGAUGACCCCCACCGGUCCAGAUGAGGGGGGGGUAGCUCAGUACAUGUUUCAAUCUACCCAGGCGAAGUGCUAGGAGAGCGGCCAUCCCUCCACAGGCCACCCUUGUAUAGGCCACAAGCCUCGGAAAGGGUGUCCCAACGAUGAGGAAGCUCAAAUGAGGUAUCCCCGGAUACACUGUUGUCCCCUUAUCAGGAUAAUCGCUGACAGCGGUCAGGAAUAGCAAGCAGCCCAAGAGAAAUUUCAAUAGACGUCUGGGACACUCGGCUGUCAAGAUCCACCCCCUUGCAAAUAAAAGUGUAUUUUCUGUAUUAUUGUUCAAUGAGAGAAUACAUUGUGUAGCCCUUUGCUAGAAUAAUUUACACACUAGAACAUUUAAAAAUUGAUCCAAAGAUAUAUAUAUAUAUAUGUAUAGUCAAGAAAGAAGAAAUGUAGUCAUGCGCAACUGGUAUUUAAAGUGCACACCCACGUGCUACCACAUUUAUUUGAAGGACAAUGUACAGAAUGCAGACGUUUCGGGCAAAAAGCCCUUUAGUUAUAGCAAGAAUCCAACCAUAUAUAUAUAUAUAUAUAUAUAUACACAAUUGCUCACAUUAAGUCAAGGCCAUCACUCACAAUUCCAGUAUGAUCAAAAUCAGCUGUGCAGCUCGUUCCAGCAUCCAUCCGCCAUCCUGGGGGCUCCAUCCACUUCCUGGUUCGUCAUUACGUACGGUUGCUAAGGAACGGGUAGACAAAACCCAUUCAAAUGGAUAUUGUCAGUAUGACAAGCCAUAACUAAAACUGGAUGGUGUGUUUUAAAGCUCAAACUCACUUUAUAUCAGUGUUAUCCCUCUAUCAAACAUAUAAUUCUAUGAAAAGGAGCAGAAUUAGGAGGAUCAAAACUCAAGAUGAAGCAUAAUUAUUUACAAUAAAUAUAGAAAAUAAACAUAAAACCAACCUCACCAAUUAUGAGGGUAUACAGCAUGCCACAUAAGAUGGAAAGAUAUGUGAAGAGAGACUGCAGGCAAAACAAAAGCAGAUAAUAAAAGUAAUAUAGUACAUACCCAGAUCCAGGAUGCAUCCCCUGGCGGGCACCAGGAAGAUGCACCUACAGGAACCAGUGCCACUCAAGCUUCUCGUUGAGACCAUGAGGGGACACUGUGUCUAGACGGUGCAUCCGGCGGGCUUCCUUCUGUAGCAAUAGCUUCUCUCUAUUACCUCCUCUAGUCAAAGGGGGCACCCUUUCUAGCACUUGGUACCGUAACUGAGAAACAUUAUAUUUUUUAUCUCUAAAGUGCCAUGCGACUGGUGCAUCUGAGUUUGUACUUCGGAUUGUGGUUUUGUGUUGAGAUUCCUGGUCUUUCAAAGCAUGCAUAGUCGGCACAUGCCUCACAGAGCUUUUACAGAAAUUCCUGGACAAGGGGUAUAGCCCCCAUCUGUUACGAAAAGCUAAACGGAAGGCCAAAGACAUGAAUAGGGAGGAAUUACUCUCUACGACUACUCAGUCUAAUCUUUGUUAUUUACGUCAAUAAUCAGUGCAGGCAGGUACCCUGCCUCUACCUCACACUCUAUAUAGUGAUAUAUAUAUAUAUAUAUAGAUGUAGUCACUUACUUUGCUAUUUUGUUACAGUAGUUGUGAAAUAAUCUGUUUUGAGCAAUUGCAGAAUACAAAUAUAAAUUCAUCUACGUCUUAUCGGCAGCAUUGUCCAAGACAAUGAUAUGGAAAGCAUAGGCGUGCGCACGGGGUGUGCCGGGGCACACCCUAAUCCCCAUGGCACGCCUAUGGCUUGAGUCCUGCAGGCACUCAGCGCCCCCCUGUCUCACCUCUUGCCCCUGUCAUGGGGGAGGGGGGGGCAAGAGGUGAUGGAUUACCCCCCCGCCCCCCCCUCCCCCCCCUCCCCGCAGUUCAGCCGCGGCGAGGGAGCUCUCUGCUCUCUGCUCUCUCUCGCCGCGCGCUGAUGCCGGAAGCCGGAAUAUGACGUCAUAUUCCGGCUCCCAGCUCCAGCAGACAGCCCGCGCGGCGAGAGGGAGCAGAGAGCAGAGAGCUCCCACGCCGCGGCUGAACUGGAGAAAGGCGCCUGCCCCCACUGGACCCCAGGGACAAGUCCACCAGCACUCCAGGUAGGAGGCUGGGUGGACAUUUAAAAAAAAAAAAUAUAUAUAUAAUAAUGUGUGUGUGUGUGUGUCAGUGUGUGUGUCUGUGAGUGUGUGUGAGUAUAUGUGUGUGUCUGUGAGUAUGUGUGUGUGUCUGUGAGUAUGUGUGUGUGUCUGUGUGUGUGUGUGUGUUUCUGUGAGUGUGUGUGUGUUUCUGUGAGUGUGUGUCUGUGAGUAUGUAUGUGUGUGUGUCUGUGAGUAUGUAUGUGUGUGUGUCAGUGUGUCUGUGAGUAUGUGUGUGUGUCAGUGUGUGUGUGUCAGUGUGUGUGUGUCUGAGUAUGUGUGUGUGUGUUUCUGUGAGUGUGUGUGUGUUUCUGUGAGUGUGUGUCUGUGAGUAUGUAUGUGUGUGUGUCUGUGAGUAUGUAUGUGUGUGUGUCUGUCAGUGUGUGUGUGUGUACAUAUAUAUAUACACAUAUAUAUAUAUAUAUAUAUAUAUACACAUAUAUAUAUACACACAUACACACAUACACACGCAGAGCCGGCGCUAUCUGAGUGCCGGCUCCGCUCUAAGCCUUCAUGGGCCGGCGGGGAGACCAAAGAUCUACCUCACCGGCCCACAGCAGCUUGGAGGGAGGCAGUAGAGGACCCAGGGAGCUCUAGACAGAAGCUCCGCCAGGUUCCUCUCGCGAUAUCUGAGCGACAGUACACUAACCGCACCCUCACAAACACACACAGCACCUUUAAAAAAAAACACACACACAGCACACUAACAGCACCCUCACAAAUAGCACCCUCACAGGACAAACAUACACACACAAACACCCUCACACACAAACAGCACAGUCACAAACACGCACCCUCACACACACAUAACACUAACAGCACACAGCACACUAACAGCACACACAGCAGUGUGUGUGUGUGUGUGUUUAUAUAUAUAUAUAUAUAUAUAUAUAGAGAGAGAGAGAGAGAGAGAGAGAGAGAGAGAGAGAGAGAGAGAGAGAGAGAGAGAUACACACGCGCGUGGCGUGUGUUUGUGCUUUAGGGUGCACACCCUAAUGCAAUUGGCUGCGCACGCCUAUGAUGGAAAGGUUCGCAAUUUGUAAAAAUUUUAAUCUUGCCAUUUCCCCAAAGUUCAAUCGGCCAUCUCAGGGAAAAUAAAUAGAUCAAAGAUAUCCCGCUUAUAAGUUCAUUGCAAAAAAGAAUUGAAAGCUUGAAGCAUUUCCUAAAAACAUUCAUAUAUGUCAAAAAUACCUAAAUUCUUCUGACCCCAUUUAAAACGCUUGGUGUCAAACUAGACACUAUAAGAUACUUGAUUUCUACUCGCUACGUAAGUGAAUCUGCCAUUUCCAGAACACACUGGGAAAAUAAUAAUUUCACAUUAUACACUCAUGUAUUAAAGUUCUGGUUUAAGAAUUAAAUUUUAAGAUUUGUAUGCAAUGGUACAUGAAAAGUACGCUGGACCUACACCACGUCUCUGUCUAUUCUCUGCUGUGUUAUAAAAGAAAUCAGCAUGAUUGGUAAAUGUGUAAUGGGGUGCCUUUCCUUCAUAACUGAUUGUUCCAAGCAGAACUAUAAUUAAUUAAUGUUAAAUUCCACUACCAUGCCUCGUAAGAAAUAGAAACAUCCAUUAAUGUGUCACUUGCUGUCGAGUCCAGGGAAGAGGAGAGGGAAAAAUACUGGACGACACCAGCUCCCGCAUGGACACACUUACCCAACAAGUACAGCGCCUCUCCCGCACAGUGACUUCCCUGGAGGCACGGCACCGACGGAGGAAUAUUAGGAUCCGCAGGGCCCCAGAAACAGUAGGCCAAGAAGCCUUGCUAGGUUUCGUCCGCUAAGUUCUGCAAGCACUCGGGGUUAAGGAAGACGGCGAAAUGCCACCCUUUGUGUGGGUUUUUAGGGUCCGAAAGGCUCCUACGGCACCUGCGGACGCACCACGGGACAUUAUAGCUGUCACUAGAGACAUUACCGUGAAAUCCUCCAUCAUGGCUCGAUCCAGGCAACAACCAAGCCUGCUAAUUGCCAAGAACAAGAUCUCCGUAUACGAUGACUUACCCUUUGCGGUCCUCCUUGACCGGCGCAAGUUCGCGCCCAUUACCCGAGACCAAGGAAUCAGGUACCAAUGGGGGAUGUCGGGAACCCUGGUGGUGCCACAUGGGGAUACAGUGCACACUCUGUCGGCCUCCGAGGACCACACAGAGUUUCUGCAGGGCCUCCACCUAUUAACACCACCUCCUUCAGAGCAGCAAGUGGCAGUGGCCCAGACAGCAGUGAACCCUGGCUCGAGACAGAAACGCGGGCCUCGGUCUGCUGGUGAUACGCGGCCCCUGGAGCGGCAGGACCCCUCAUAGGACUCUCCAGACUGGAGGUUCCCCAGUUGCGGUGGAAUGGCAAGGGGACCAGGCAGGCACCCACAACAGGUCAACCAGGGCCAACAUAUGGACUUACCACCCCUAUAAUACCAACCUACACCAAGUGCCUAGAUUGCCUUACUUUAAUCCCAUACGAGCCAAAUAAAACCUGGGACUUUGUUAUCACACUAUGGUUUUAUUGUAUUAUUAUCAUUUAUUAGUUUAUUAUAGUUAUUUUAUUAUUCAGGCUAACACUGAGAGUGAUACUGGUGGGCACCCAAGAGUCACACAUGCAGCGAGUGCCUUAACGACACAUCCUUAAUGUGUGUUUGCAACUGUGGGUGUCACAAGUUGUUGUGGUGUGUGACACUAUAGGCUCCAGCCGUACCACUGUAAGUACAAAAAAUAUCAAGCGCUAAAGGCCAUAGCUCACCAUUAGUGAUAUACAUACUCACAGUAAUAACCUAGCUGGCCUACCCACCAAUUUAUACUCAAUGUGCAGAUGUUCUGCUGUCACCCAUACAGCGGCUUUCCUUACGGUUGGCCCCCAGCAGAAUAACGGGUUGCUUUAGGGCUCUAAAUGCAGCAAUCUUGCAGCCGCGAUGCCACAGGCUACCCCCACUAUUUCACACCUAUGUCUUUGGACAGGACUUGCAUUACCCUGUUACUUAUUGUACAAAAUUGUGCAGCUAAAUGUUGUGAAACUGUAUAUUGUGAUCCAACUGCUUCUGCUGUCGUGGCACUGCAGGAUUGUUUGUAAAUCUUUUUUGCACUACAAAAAUAAAGAAUAUAAAAAAAAAAUAUUUAAAAAAGCAUUGCAAGAAUUCUUGCGUUUCUCAACUUAUGGAAAAUUGCUGGCAACUCGUAUUCAGAAUACCAAAAUUGAGCUAUAUUUACAAAUUAAAGGGUUUAUGCAAGGAAGCAUAAACACCACUUAUAUAGAGUAGUCUGCACUUUUGUGCUUGGGGCUAGUUAUAUACCCGGUACAUGUAAAUUAGGAAGCAUGGAACUCAAUGUAAAUGUUGCACAGAAUUUAAAUUAGGCAGCCGUGAACAGACAUUAUAAGCUUUUACCCUUGCAGGCAGUGAUUAUGGCACACCUGCAAGAAGAAGCCUGUACAACCUCUCCCUACUAUGAGAUCGGUCUAAUUAAGAGUUUCUCUAUGAGAAGCAUUUGAUUGGACAUUGGAAAGGGAUGCAGUAAUGACCGAUGGGGCAUGGAACGCAUCAAGGAGAGCUUCAUGCUGUGCUCAAUUCCAGGUAAGUUAAAGCUUAUUUAAUUUAUAUUUAUUAUUUAAAGGUUUUUCAGGAAAAAUAAAGGUGAUGGACCAAAUGAUGAGUGCUUAUUAUGGCAUUCUAAUUUAAAAAAACGAAACAAAACGUAUAAUGAAAAAGGGUUAGAGUAACCAUUGAACUAUUUAAAAAAGAAAGUUGAAGAAUAGAAAAUUAAGUACCCCAUUUCCCUAUGACCACUCAUUGUCCUGUUUUUUUUUAUUUAUUUUUUUUAUCAAGGUUGGUUAAAACAAAGAAAUGUAAAAAUGUAAGUCUACGUGGCGUUUAAGCAUGCAGAUGACUUUAGUGAACGCUUAACCUCUAUUAAGUUUGUGGUUCCUGCAGAGUUCUCGUGAAACCUCAAAACCUUUGUAAGUUAAAGCUGCCCGGUUCUGCUUGAACUCAGUUGGCUUCAGUUUCUGAGUUUUAUCCAACUAACCUGUUUCGAAAAUAAAUAAACCUUUUAGAUCUUGUGAACUCAGGCUCCACAAUAUGGGAAAACAUUUUUUGUCUUUAUGCUAGAGACUAUAGUCAAUUGACCUUGUAUCGAAAUUUGUGUCACAGCCCAACCUGCUCUAUGUACAAUUCAGCACGUAGCAAAAACAAUGAUUCUGUUUAUUAUAGAACCCUGCCAAAGGUGUUAGGAAAAAUGACGAUAAAAAGUGAACUGGAACGCCAAUUCUUUCUUGGUAAAUAAUACUCAUUUCAGAAAAAAAAAUACUGUAAACAAUGAAACAAAGCUCUUAAACAUGUUGCAGAUUAACUUUGUCACAUGUUUGCUUUGCAGGUGUAUGAACAAGUCAUAAAUCCCUGGGCUUCUUACAAAUAAGGUCUUCUCUGUAUCUUCGACCUGGAGUCCAGAGUGAUGGAUGGACCUGUGCAGAAGAAGGAGGCUUCAAAUAUAGAAAGCACUCUAGAGGUAUUGUUUAUAUAUACAUUCAUGUAGAUAUAAAAUUAGCACUUUGUAGAAACAUUUUCAUGGGGAGGAAAUGCCCAUGAACCAGUGCUGAAGUUUCAUGCCUGGCUCAAUGUAGAUUAAAAUCGCUGCUUGAUUUUUAUUUUAUUUUUAUCUGAUUUUUUUAAAAAUAUUUUUUACUGAAAUCGGAUAUUUUUGAUUGAAAUCAAACUUAUUUUACUGAAAUGCUUUUUGAUGAAAAAUGUAUCUAAAGAUAGUUUUCUAAUUAAGAUACAUUAUAGUUCAAAGGUUAAUCAGCAUGAACUAGCGCUUAGUGAUGCAGUAUGAGGCUGUAUAUUCAUGCAAUAUUUACAUUUUUAGUAAUCUAAUUCGAUCCCUUCUGAGCAGCUUACAAACCUUGGGGUGUUUGUGUUCAUAGCUUGAAGUUCUUUAUUCCCUCCUUUGAGGAGCAAAAUGGCAGCAGGUGAUAAAAGAAACAAAGUUUGGAAAUAUUCUAAUGAAGUUCCUCUACCUAUGGGUAAAGUAGGAAUGAGUGCAAAAUGCAAGCAAUGCAACAAAGAGAUGAAAGGCCUGGGGGCCCAAUUGAUACAACAUCACAUGAAGUGCUGUGAUGAAAGGAACAUGUGUGAAUAGGCAAGGCCUUUAGGAUGAUAACAUGUUUUAAUUGCACCAGAUUCUUUUAAAAGACUGCCAUGAGGUAUUGUCAUGAUUGAGCAAUAAUAUAUGUUAGUUAUUGUUACUGCAUGACACAGCAUUGUUAUACAGUUGCUAAAAAGAAACGAGUUGAAAUAAGCAAAUAAUAAUUAUCAGGCUGGACUGAGUGAAUACAAUAAAAAAUAUAUAAUAAGCAUAAAUUAGUUAAAUAAAACAAUUUAAAUAGUGUUCCAAACAUGAGUGAUUAACCUAUUAAACUAAAAUCAGUUUGGAUAUAGAUGUUUUACUAAUCUGAUAGGUUAAUAUUCUAAAUAUGAAAUCUUCAUCUGGUUACAAAUAUUAAAGAUUAUAACUACCAGCAUGAAUGAGUCUUUACAUUUAAAAAUCAUAACUUAAAUCGACUAUUACUGACUAGCGAUGUAAAUUGCCUUGAUUUAAAUCUAAUCCUCCCUGCUCGACAUCCUUAGACAUUUUAGAAAGUGUUGUUUGACAAUCAUGGAAGGUUGUACCCAGGUGAUCAAAAGUUGUGUACUGUGAAGGAGAGGACAAGAGUAAGCGUCAUACUUUUUAUUGGCUAGCUCAGUGAAUACAUUAAAUAAACAAGGUCAACAGUUUGUGACGGAGGUUUUUGUUUGCACGCUGUACAUGGAAAUAAUGUAAUAUUCAAAUUGUAGGACAUAUAUGAUGGUUAAACCUACCUUACAUUGUCUGGGAAUGAUGAUGGUUACAGUGCCUGGAGUUGUAUGUUAAAGGAACACUAUAGUCACCUAAAUUACUUUAGCUAAAUAAAGCAGUUUUAGUGUAUAGAUCAUUCCCCUGCAAUUUCACUGCUCAAUUCACUGUCAUUUAGGAGUUAAAUCACUUUGUUUCUGUUUAUGCAGCCCUAGCCACACACCCCCGGCUAUGAUUGACAGAGCCUGCAUGAAAAAAACUGAUGUAAUUUACCUUAAAUAAUUGUAUCUCAAUCUCUAAAUUGAACUUUAAUCACAUAUAGGAGGCUCUUGCAGGGUCUAGCAAGCUAUUAACAUAGCAGGGGAUAAGAAAAUCUUAAUUGAACAGAACUUGAAAUAAAGAAAGCCUAAAUAGGGCUCUCUUUACAGGAAGUGUUUAUGGAAGGCUGUGAAAGUCACAUGCAGGGAGGUGUGACUAGGGUUCAUAAACAAAGGGAUUUAACUCCUAAAUGGCAGGGGAUUGAGCAGUGAGGCUGCAGGGGCAUGUUCUAUACACCAAAACUGCUUAAUUAAGCUAAAGUUGUUCAGGUGACUAUAGUGUCCCUUUAAAUGCAGUUUGUGCUAAACCAAUCGGGUGACAUUAUAAACAUGUUACUAAUCUCACUGCAAACAUCACUGGCUAUAAAAGUAUUUAUAAGCAGGCUGGGGUAAAAUAAUUGUUGGACAAUCCUACUCUGCUGUCAUUCUUUCUUUUACUAAUGUAAUUUUAUUUAUUGUAUUAUAUUGUAUUUAAUUUACAUAAAUGGUUUUACCAAUUCAUGUUUUUUUUUAUUGUUUUUGCUUUUUCCAUUUAUUUAGCUUUGACCUUAUUAAAUGUUUAACUAAAUAUUAAGGAAAGUUCUAUUAGUUUCCAUGGUGAUUUUUUCUUAUUUACCAUUUUUCAUCUGCAAUUGUUCCUGUUUUGGCUUGGUGAAAAUGGCUACUGCUAAAAUCAUUCCCUUACCAUUACAGGAUAAACUAGCAUGCAAUGUGGCCUUCUUACACCAACAGUUAUAAAGACAAAGAUGUUGUUUUUUUUUGUUUUUUUUUAAUGAUUCAUUUAUAAAGGUGUUUUAUUUUAAUCACGUUUUGAAAAAUGUGAUGUGUUUUGUUUGUGGUUUUUGAGCUAUUUAAAUAGCACCAACAAAUCCCAUAUCACGUGAUAUGUUACAUGUAUCACAAGAUCUUAUUUCACAGAUCUAAAUAGAUAUAUCUCAGGGUCUUUACCAGAAUAUUGUAAUGGAAUUCUGAAAUUCUAGCAAUGUGCAUGCUGACCACUAUACAUGUCAAAUAUGACUAUACAUAUCUUAUAUUCUGUAUUCCAUAUUAUAUCAGUGAAAUGUAACUGUCAUUUUGCAAGGAUUUAAACAUACUGCUAGAGCUUCAUGGAAUAUAUGUCAUAACAACUUUUUACAGUAAUCGUGGUUUAAAUUGUCCAGCAAUACCACAUUAGUUAUUUAUUAUAAUGUUUAACGGUACACUCCAAACACCAUAAUCAUCACAGAACACAGAAGUUGUUAUCAUGCCAGUAGUGGCUUUGCGUCUCCCCAUUAUAAGUAUUCAACCCUUUUUUAAAAAAACCUUGAUUUCUGUAGUCCACCUCAUUUCAGGCGUAAGUGUGAGCUGGUAACUCCUGUUUGGGGUUUCUGUUAGCUCUUCUUAGCUAAGUCCUGCAAUGCAGAGUUGGCUCAACUGGUAGAUCGCAUCAGAUGAACGCGCUCAGCCAAUACAUUAAGCCCUGCUCCACUGGAAACUGUGUAUUGGAAGCAGAGAGCUGCUCCAGAUAAGAAGCUAAAGCAUUCCAACACGAUUGGCAACUUCCAAAUGAAGGACAUCAGGCACUCCUAGUACCAUAACCAUUUUAACAAGCUGUAGUGGUUAUGGUACUUGGCGUGUUUGCUUAAUAAUACCAAAUCACUCAGAUUCAGAAAAAAAGUCUUUGGUUUUAGCUGGUAGAUCAUUUCACUCCAUACCUUCAAAAUCCUAGAAUUUCUUCUUAGGCAGUCUACAAAUACUAAAAUAUAUUCGGUAUCUCAAAUCCAUAUCUAGAUUACCUGGAGUUUGUCAUUUCAGUAAGAGAUUUUCAUAGCACAAUUUCUGACGUUCUAUCUAGGCAGAUUUCACUGCUCAGUGGUUUUGUACAUACAGCUACGGAGUGGAAAUAGUAUAGGCUAAUGCAACAAAUGAAUUAAAAUAUUAUUUGAGAUGUGCAUAAGGCUACUUUGAUAAUUUUAUAUUUGUAAGAUACUGCAACCUGUUGAAGCUUGUCCAUAUUUGCCAUUCUCGUGAAAUGGAAAUUUCCGCAUAAACUGGCAGAAUUUAAUAUGGACAAAACCGUCACGUUACAGAACACUUUGAUAAUUAUCCGUCAUUGUGUUUUGCUUUUGGACCCCGAAGCAGCUCACAGCUUUGAACUAGAAUGACAAUGAUGGUUAGUCAUCCCGUAGAUUUGCAUGUUGGCUAUCAUGUCCUAAUGCUACAUACCUUCUCUGUUUUAGAGCGAGGACUUCUUCUGUCGCCUCACCGAUGAAGAGAAAGAAUGUCUUCAGUACCUUCUGGAAACCAUUAACUCACUAGAAGCUGAAGACGAUGAUGAAAAUGCUAAUGUUGUUCAAGGUAAAUGCCAGGGUCAUGGUGUAUUUAAUAUUUUAUAUCUCUUUCUCUCUCUAUAUAUAUUAUUCUCUUUUAGAUAUGUGGAUAACAAGGUCUGCUUAAGGUAUGCAUUAACAUUUAAUCUGUGCAUUGUGCUACAGAAAAAAAUAAGCUUAAUUGGUUUGAAUCGAUACAAUCCCAGAAUGCCUUGCACACUGCUGGAAGCUUAGUACGGUGGGCUUGUAUAUUCCUCUUUGUGGGAUAGCACGGACAUAAACACACCAUUCUCAACUUAACUGGUGCUACGUAAAGAUAAAAAAUGUAUUUCAGACUAUUGCUAUUUCAUUAAUUUGUCUUACAGUGGUGUUACGCAAACCGAUAAAACAAAUAGUCCCGCGAACAUAUAAUUUGUUUUCUAAUGCAGUUAUUACAUUGUCUACUCGUCUACUAUGUUUAGUAAAUAUGUGUUUGGAUUUCUAGACUCAGCCCUCACAUACAGCUGUACAACAUUUAUACCCCAGAACAGAGUGCCUCCAUCUUAGCUCCCCAUAAACCCUCGUUUUAAGCUCUAACUUCUCUUUCAUUAAACAAAGGAAGCAGAGGAGAAGAAACAGAAGUGACGUUUCUGUUUCCCCAUAUCCAACCCAAUGUGUACCUUGGCUUAGUGCUGACAUUUUUAUGUCAACUAGUAAAUAUUUAAUAUAGAUUUAAAAGAAAAUUGAGUAUCACAUGAAAGAAUUUAACACAAGUUACAGAUGAUAUUCAAUGUUUUAUUCAGUAAUGUAACAUGCAAAUAAAAAGUGAUAUAGAUUACAUUCUCUUUUACAUUUAGAAACCAUGAAUACGGUAACUAAAGUGGCAUGCGCAAAUAGGCUAGCUACCAAAAGGAAAGGGAAGCAUGCUAUGAUACUCUGCAUGUUCCUCAGGCUAAGGUUUGGAAGAUGCCACCCAAAGCAUUUUCAUUGGCAGCCAUCUUGUAAGCGCUCAGCUGAAGGAACAUUCCAUUCUUAUAAAUGAAGUGUUACAAUGUACCUGAUGUUGGACUUUUCAUCUACACAUUUGUGAAUGAGAAGUUUCAUUUCAUUUUACUUCCAUGCCACGUCCUAGGAUCAAAUGGGCCUCACAUGGUAUAAUCACAGGUUUCUCAUAAAGAAGAUUAAAACAUUUCACCCGGCUUAGAACGCAUGCGUGCAGAAAUGAACCGUUGGGGAAGGGGAGAGGUAGGAUUGGAGGAGUAAUUAAUAAAAAAAAUAAAGGCAAUACAAGUGGCAGAUGAAUGCAGGAGGGAGCACCCACAUGGUGGGAAGGAGGUGAAAACUAUCUUCACCUUGCAGGCACUCUGUCUGCAAGGGAGAAAAUGAUCACUUUGGCCACUAGCGACAGAUGCAAAAUAUGCACAGAAUUGACAUUAGGCAGCCUGGAACUAAGUUCCUGGCUGCCCAAGUCAUGUGUGUUGGGGGUGCAACCAGCUCCCAGCACACUAUUAAAAUUAACUCUGUAUAUGCACUGUUACUGUUAUAAGCAGAAACACUGCACAUACUGACUCCUGCCACCAUGACCACUUCAAAUCACAGAUUGGUGGUUAAAAUAACCCUGUAAUAUAAAAAGGGAAACAAAAAGAUUAGAAUUCCCCUUUAACAAACUGAAACCUUCCACUGCUAUCUCAUUCCCCCCUCCCAUGCGAACAAGAUCACUGACCUUGAUAAGCCUUUUAUUAAAGGACUUGCUGUCAAACUAAAGCCUCAAGGAGAAUCUGUAAAACUGGCAGAUACACAGAAUAGAAAAUGGCUUUUACUGAAGCACUGCUAAAGGUUUCAACUUAAUGUUCUGAAUAAUGAAAGUCUAACUUGUCUCUUCUGGAGGAUGUUGCCACAUUAUUCACCUGAAGACAAACAAUAAAAGGUAUUCGACUUUAAGGCAAUUGCUUAGGUUGGUAACAAAAGACAGCCCUCACUAGGCAGCAGAUGGUACAGGCAUUAUUUGAAUACUCAGGUGGAACAUUUUUAAGGAUGGAACUAAUUAGUGUUUCUUUCUUUUUUUUUCUUUUAAGUAGCAGGUGUUGGAUGCAGAAUAACCUCCUGCUUAUAUUAAUGAGAGGUUAUAAAAUGACAAAAUUUCAGAUUAUAUUUUUUUGUUGCUGUUUAAAUGAAUGCUGACUUCUACAAUCUAUAUACUUAUUCUACUUAUGCUGUCUAACAAAAAAAAUGUUAACAUAAUAUAGGAUAAAUUUAAAACAUGUCUUUCUAAAGGUAGCUCCUCCUGUAUCAUGUCCCUCAACCAGUUUAAUAAUUCUGUUUUCCAUGUUACUCUGUUGGGUUUUUCCCCCCUGUCCUUUCUAAUUAUAUCCUCUACUAAGUCCCAUCAUCUGUCCUCUUGUAUAAUUUAAAGACUGAACACACCCAUCAGAGUCUAAUCUCCCUCCCUUUAGCCGGAUAUACACUCAGAAGCACAGUCACCCAGUAAAUGUUUGGGUGUAAAGCCUUCUGCUUCUGAUGUUGUAUGUGUAACAUAUAUUAACCUAAGCUACGCAUUCCAUAAUAGAGUUUCCUACCAUUAAAUUGUUACUCUGUCUUUCUUAACAGAAAAUGGUGAACACUUUGGCAAUGCAACAGAUCCAGGCACAGAAAUGUUAGAUCAAAACCUAAGGCGUCUGGGUGCAAGUAUCAAUGUGUCCGAUAAAACCGAACCUGGAGCAUCUUCUUCAAAAAUGAAGAUCAUGAAGUCUUUAUCUGAAGAUGUUCCAGGUUUCUCAAUCACUGUUUCUCCGGAGACAGGGAAAAGGUCAACAGGCUCCCACCCAAGUCACAUGCGGAAGUUUGAUACAAUAAUGAAGUCAGGUGUAAAUGUGCAGGAAUUGAGGGCACUCUUCAUUCACCAGCAAAGCAAAUCAUCUGCUGAAGAUAAUUCCAAGGGCCUAGAAUUACCUGGGGCUCCUAAACUGCCAAUGCUGAUUGAAUCUAAUCCAAAAUCUGCCCGACUGGAGGCUCUGCAAAAGUUGGGUUUCCUAAAGACUCAGAGCAGCUCAGAUAAAACUCAAAAUCCCCAUGACACACACCAUCCUACAGACCAAACCACCUCUGUGCUGAACGGUGAGAUAAACCAAAAUGUUUUAAAAGGGAGUACGGAAGCACCUACACCUAUGGCAAGAAAGUCAAAAGGAAUUGAGAAAAAAUGGCCACCUUAACAUCUGAUUUUACGAACUCAAUGGCUGCACUGAACUAGCAACCGGCUAUAAUUGUUUAUAAAUUAAAGUGGCAGGCUAUGUUUGCCAGAAGAAUGUCCAUAAUGCCAAGAUGUGCUUUAUCACACCACAACAGAUGCAUAUGCCAUACUAUUAUUAUAAAAUAAUUUCCAGGUUUGGGCCACUUCACGUGCUCUAGGUUUUGUUGGUCUAACACUCCUCUGUCAUCAUCCCGUAUGUUGUAGGUUCAAUUUCCCAAGGACCGACUGAGGGUGAUUACAUUUGUAGACAAUGGCUGCUGGAAUGGUAUCUUUGAACCAGACAGGAUAAAGGUCAAAUCAGUUAAAUCAAAACACUUACCGGGUUAUUCACAAAAGUGAGAAUUCUAAGUUAAUUUGAAGCAACUGGAAGCAACUCUGACGUAAAGAAUGUUUGCAGCUCGGCUAUUUUUAAGUUGACUUUGAAAUUCACUUUAAAUUCUCAUUUUAAUCAAUAAUCCUGUUCAAGAGGUUCAGGUUUUUGUGAUUUUUUUUUUUUUAACUUUAUUUAUUCUUCAAUACUGAGAACAACGUCAUCACAAAAAAGCUGGACUUCGAAAAAAAGAAAAGAAAAUUAAAAUAUAGAAUUAUGUAUCCAUCCAAUGAGAAUUUUCAUUUUCACUUAAAUUGUUUUAAAAUAUUAUAUUGUUAUACCAUUCCAAAGAAGGUAUUGUGUUUUUUUUUUUUUUUUUUAAAGCUAACCUUAAUCUUGCAGGGAGUGGUCUUUUUUUCUCUCUCUCUUAAUUAAUAUG